AUGAACGGGAACGUCAACGGAAUCGUAAACGGGAACGUCAACGGGAACGUCAACGUAAAUGUGAACGUACACAAGCUCGAGGAGGCCCUCGACGAGUUCGACACUCGCUACCUCGAGAGCUACCAGCAAAUCACAGCGAAAAUGGCCCUGCUGGCAUUGGGCGCGCCGCCGCCGCCGCUGCUGCUGCUGCCGCUGCUCCUGGGGCUGCUGCUGCCUCACUCGUCGCCGCGAGUGCUGCCUUCUCUGCCUCACCAGCAGCCCCAGCAGCCCAUGAGGCUCCUGUCGCCUCUAAUGGCCCUGAAGGACCUGGACGACCGGUCCUUGCUGCUGUUGAUGAGCGGCCUGCUCCAGUCGCUGUCGCUGUCGCUGCACCCUAUGGGUCCGCCGUUGGCGCCACCCAAAAACAUCGCCCGGCUCGUGCCACGGUCGGGCCCAGCUCCCUCUUCCUCCAAAAGCGCUUCCUUGCCUUUCAUCACCACCGACACUGGUGUCCCAGUUCCUGCGGUGAAGAGACCUUUGCAACACGCUACCGCGCGGUCUUACUCGGCGCCAGACUGCACUGGCUCUGCUAGUGCUGCUAGUGCUGCCGCUGCCAACUCCACCGCUACGCCCUGCUGCCCCAGCGCUCUCCUUGGUCUGGCUUCGGCGACCAACUCCAACUACCCAAUUGGCAGCUCUCCCUGCUGCAACAAAGCGCCUGCUGAACACCUGACGCUGGCAAUAACCAAGAAGAUGGACCCCAGGGCGACGUUACGCAGCUGGCGGUCGCUUUCGAUGGACUCCAUCCCGGUGAUUGUCGAGUUGCCUGAGCGCCCUGGGGUCCCCAAAAUGCAGAGGCUGUUUCUGGCGCUGGCGAUUGCGCGCAAGCCCUCCUCCACCCGCCGGCCGAGAGACCGCAAGGCCACCUAUGUGGGCAAUCCAUUCUACAAGGCGUCCAAGUCGCCCAAAAGCAGACGCCGUGACAGAGCCAGCAGUCUUCUGAACCUUGGUUUUGGCUUGGAGUUUGAGCGAAGUGUGGUUUAA